AUUGUUUUAGACUUUGUCGAAUCAUAAACUACUGUCUUUAACAAGAUGGCUGUAAAGAAAUAUCAAUGGUUUUUGACUUGCAUCUAUGUAAUGAGUCAUGGAUGGCAAUUCUUAUCUGCAGCUCCACCAGUUAUGGAUGCUUUCAGCGAUGACAUCAACUCGUGUUUAUUUUCUAAGUGGAAGUCAGUGGCAAUAUCAGGCAACGUGGAAUGUCAAAGCUAUGGAUCUGACUUCAAACCGCUAUGCUACGGUCUGAAAUCCACAGGGCCUGCUUUGUUUGCUGUGUGUUACAACACAAACAAGCAGAUACCUGCCUUUACUGCGCAUGUCGUUAAGCCCGUCACUGGUUCUUCAAGUGAUCGUCCAACAUUUAGGAAAGAUAAAGGAAAAUAUGGUAGGCUCAUUGUUGGUUGA